AUGCACCUUUCUAGACCCUGCAUUGAUGGCUGUGAAACACCCCCGGUGAUCAAAAAGCGCCUGCAGCACUAUCGAGAACAAGGGGAGGACCCAGUGGGCUACCUGCAGUGGGCUGUUGGUGAGAUUUUCACAGACAGGCUGCUGCUGACCCUCAGCUGUGUUUCAGGGUUUCACAUUAUCCAGACGAUAUUUGGCUGUGAUCUCCGGGAAGACAACACCACUCAGGGGUUUUAUCAGGAUUCGUAUGACGGACGAGACUUUCUUACCUUCGAUAAGGAGACCAUGACAUGGGUAGCAGCAGAUAUUGGGGCUCAGAUCACCAAGAGGAGAUGGGAUGCUGAAGUGUUUGACAACCAGUACUGGAAACUCUACCGGGAGGAGAAAUGUAUUUCCUGGCUAAGGAGUUCUCUAGAGUACGGGAAGGAGACUCUGCAGAGGAAAGUGCGCCCAACAGCUAGAGUGAGUGAUAGGUCAUCUCAUGACGGCCUCACCACCCUCUCUUGUAAGGUCAGUGAGUUCUACCCCCGGGACAUCACCGUGACCUGGCUGAGAAAUGGAGAGAGCAGACAGCAGGAGACCUACUCUGAAGGCAUCCUACCCAGUGGGGACGGGACCUACCAGACCUGGGUGACAAUGGAGAUUGAUCCCAAGAUCAAGGCCCAUUAUUCAUGUCACGUGGAACAUGAAAGCCUGUUAGAGCCACUCUCUGUCCCCUGGGAACCAAAUAACAAGCAGAUUUGCACUGUGGCUGGAGUUAUCACUGCAGUUGUCCUGAUGGGUGGUAUAAUCGGAGUAGUCGUCUGGAAAAAGAGACGCCCAGGAAUGGAGAUGGCUACGCUGUAGCCCAGGAUAAGUGACAAGAGACCGAUCGCCUCUUUUCAAGUGGCCAUCCCUGAACAGCCAUCAGUAUUUCCUUGUGGAUUUUAGCCUAGAGGCACUGACAGGAGAUCCUCGCUCCCACUCAUAGGCCUUGUCUGCACGGAGGAUUUUAGGGAAAUCUCCAACUAUUGCUCUAGUACCAUAGAAUCAUAGGACUGGAA